AUGACGGAACUGAACACCAGGAUCGUUGUACAAAACUGUUUACUAGUUUGGUUAGAUCCAAGCCUAGAUGAAACGAAAGAUCACGUUCGAGAUGCACUCACUCUAUUCAGCGCUAUCAUUAAUCCUGUCCAUAUUUUUACUGAUUCUGAUCAAUGCAUCGAUUUUCUUACUGAAAUAAAAGAUGCCAAGGUUUUCAUGAUUAUUUCUGAUUCACUGCGAGAAAACAUCAUACCUCUCAUUCACAAUAUGCCGCAGCUGUAUUCCAUCUUUAUCUUGUGCAAUGAUAAGUUAUGUCCUGACAACUGGAUUCAAUCCUGGUCGAAGGUGAAGGGUGCUUUUGAUCAAAUUUACCAGAUUUGUGAUAUUGUCCGACGAUUAACCAAAAAGUGCGAACAUGAUAUGACACCAAUGAGUUUCAUCGCAGUCAAUGAUAAUGACCCGGCUUCUUUAUCCAUCCAACAUAUCAAUCAACUCGAUCCAACAUUCAUGUAUACUCAAAUUUUCAAGAAAGUUUUACUAGAAAUUGAUGACAAGGAUGAUGAUAAAGCUAUCAAGUUCUUUACAGCAUAUUGUCGUCAAAUAUACAGCGAUAAUUCAGUCCAAUUGAAGAAUAUUACCAAGUUCGAAAGUGAAUUCCAACUUUACAAGCCAAUCUGGUGGUAUACUUCUGAAUAUUUUCUUUAUUCAAUGCUAAAUCGAGCUCUGAGAACACUGGAUGUGAACAUUAUGCUCAAAAUGGGUUUCUUCAUUCGGUUUCUUCAUCGUCAUAUCGAACAACUCUAUCAAGAACAAUCCACUGACUUUGAACAACAUUUUACUGUAUAUCGUGGUCAGUGUUUAUCGAAAAUGGACUUCGAGAAAUUACUGAAGACGAUAGGCGGAUUGAUGUCGUUCAACAAUUUUUUGUCCACUAGCCGAGACAAAAAUGUUUCUAUGGCUUUUGCGGAUAGUGAUCCCAUGAACUUGGAUUCCAUUGGCAUCCUUUUUAUCAUGAGUAUUGAACCGAAAAUGUCCAAGUCACCGUUUGCUCUUAUCGACAAAGUUAGUCAAUUCGAUAGUGAAGAAGAGAUUCUAUUUUCCAUGCACACAGUGUUUCGCAUCGUUGAAAUAGAAAAAGUUAGCAAAAGCUCGCUGAUGUGGCACGUACAUCUUAUUCUUACGGCUGAUGAUGAUCCGCAUCUAGCCGUUCUUACCAAAUAUAUGCAAGAGGAAAGUAACGGGUCAACAGGUUGGGAACGGAUGGGACACCUAAUGCAUACAUUGGGUGAAAGUGAAAAGGGCGAAGAAGUGUACACGAUGUUAAUUGAGCAGGCAUCCAAUGAGAAAGAUACUGCGAACUACUAUCAUCAUCUAGGAGUGAUGAAGGAUCGACGAGGUGAGUAUAGAGAAGCUAUUCGAUUCUAUGAGCAAAGCAUCGCCAUUCAAGAACGAACAAAAGAUCCCAACCAUAAAAGAUUGGAGACUUCUUAUCACAAUCUUGGCUUAGCGUACAAUAAUAUGGGCGAAUACUCAAAAGCACUUUCAUUUUACGAAAAGGCACUAUACAUGGAAAAGAAAAUUCUCCCUGAAAAUCAUCCCUCGUUGGCUACUUCCUACAACAAUAUCGGUUUGCUGUAUGAUAACAUGGGCGAGUAUUCAAAAGCACUUUCAUUUUAUGAAAACUCACUCGAUAUCUACCAAAAAACUCUUCCUCCAAACCAUCCCCUGUUGGCUACCUUGCAUAGUAACAUCGGUGUACUGUUCACGAACUUGGGUGAGUACUCGAAAGCACUUUCGUUUUACGAAAAAGCACUUGAUAUCGAAAAGAAAGUUCUUCCUACAAAUCACCCUGACUUAGCUACGUCCUACAAUAACAUCGGUUCAGUGUAUAAGAGUAUGGGCGAGUAUUCGAAAGCGCUUGUGUUUUAUGAAAAAGAUCUUGAAAUCAACCAAAGAAUUCUCUCUCCAAACCAUUCCGAUUUGGCCAUUUCCUAUAAUAACAUUGGUGGCGUAUAUGAUAACAUGGGUGAGUACUUGAAGGCCCUUUUGUUCUACAAAAAGGCAUUCGAUAUUUACAAAAGAAAUCUUCCUCCGACACAUCCAAAUGUGGGUAUGUCCUACGGCAAUCUCGGCGGAAUCUAUUAUAAGAUCCAAGAGUACACAAAAGCGCUCAAAUUAUAUGAGAAGAAUCUAGAAAUAUUUCAAAUGUCACUGCCACCAACUCAUCCGCAUAUUGCAGCCUGCAAGAGAAAUAUUGAAGCAGUAAAAAAGAAAAUAUAA